AUGAUAAAUAAGAACCAAAACCUUCACUUGAACUUGAAAUUAGUCAACAACAACAAUGGCGUCAAGCAAGAGUAUAACUCAUCCAAUGGGUCUUGUUCGUCGGCAACUAUACCUUUUACUCCCAUCGACCAAACAUUGUCCACCCCUGUGGAGGCUCCGGUUCUGCCACGUGCAUACCAAGCACCGCCACCGUUGAAACACCAAACGCUGUACCUGUUUUACCAUCCAACUCAGCAACAACACGGAAGCAGCAGUGGCAUCUAUACUCACCCAUCAUACAGCCAAAGUGAUGAACAGCUCACUGACGUGGAUGAGCCAAGCACAUUCACCGGCAGUGGCUUAAGCAGAACUAGUACCCAUUCUAGGUAUAUGAACAACUCCAACGGUCCAAUGUCGAACUCGUUGAAGAACAGUUCCAUCUCAAACCUUUCACUUAACGAAAUUAAUGUCAUGACCUAUAAUCAGCAACAACAACAACAACAACAACAACAACAACAGCAACAGCAGCAGCAGCAACAAGGAAGCGCAUCCUCAUCGUCGUCCUCGGCUAGAUCUCGCUCCUCGCUGGUGAAUCUUCGCAAACAGUCGCUCACGAGAAACAACUCAAAUAGCUGGUUGCACGUUGGCAAUAUGCAUAACCUUAGACCGCAUGGCAUCAAUUGCGUGGGCGGACAUUCAGAGUUUAACGUGAGUUCGGAUUCAUUGAUGGACUAUGUGCCACAAGCAAUGAUCAACCGCGCCGCCCUUGGCUCUGCUGGCUCUGCUGGCUCUGCCGGCUCUGCCUUGUCUGCUGGCUCUAGUGGCUCCAUCUCGGCGGGUCCCUAUGGUCAAUUGCCACAAUUGCAAACAAAUCUCGUCAAUGGCCAAUUGAACUCUAUGAUGCUAGAUUAUCGUAUAGGCACGCCGCCAAUCUCCCACAAAGGGUCAAUAACGUCUACAAACUCGCCAACUUACACGCAAACCAUUCUGUAUGACCUGCAAUCACAAACCACAGGCAACAACAGCGAUAUUUAUUUGAAUUUGAGAAGAAACAAGAGCUCAUCAUCGUCUAGCAUUUCGUCUGCCACCUCUGGUAAUCGCUUUGCUGGAAUGGACAGUGCGAAUAUCCAAGCCUUGAACGCGUUGAAUGGAAGAAGCGCAAGCACCAGUGGCUAUGGCGCCAACUACUACCAUGCUAGUGGUUUGGGCUUGGGCUUGGAUUCACCUUUUUGCUCGGCAACAUCGAGUGCAGCAACUCCAGGUGAAGAGUAUUUCAGCAGCCAGCAACUGUCUCAAUCACAACCAAUCCCCGCGCAGCAACUGCCCGAGGAUAUGCCUAUUAUGGAAAACGAACGGUUAAAUUUGCCCGCUAACGUCUCGUUGAAUGAGAAAAAGAGAGAUUCAUUGAAAUUGAAAAGAGGAAUACAUUAG